AAGACUCAAUUUAAUCCCUUUUUUCUAGUCACCCCUUGAGAUUGUUUUCAUUGAUUUUGUUUUCACUAAGUUUAGAGAAAGGAAAAUCACAGGCAGGCUCCCGAAUGAGCCUAAAAUGAGGGGGCUAGGGUGGAAGCAGAUCUCCAUAUGGGGGCUGUAAACAUUGGUGGCAGGCGAUUGCUGCAUCCCUAAAUUUAUAGAGUUAUGGUCACAGAAAUUGUGUAACCAACCACGUAUUUGAAUUAUAAUGUUGUUGAGGGAGAGUAUGGCUCAUGGUUAUAUAUCCCCUUUUCCAGUAAUUUCUUCUCAUUCACCUCUUUUUACCAGUCAAAAAGAGAGCGGAGAAUUGCACAUGCAGCAUCUUGGUUGAUAGAGGAUCAUCUGUUAGAUGCUAUCAAUCAUUUUUCUACUCUAACCCAAAUUGUUGCUUCUUCACAUGGCUUCAUCAAUGCUUGUGGAGCCAUCUUUCCAGAAGUUCGAAUAUAACGGCCAUAUGGUCUGAAACAUUUGACAAAAAUUGGAUUGCUUCUGCUUCUGCCUUGCUGUAGGUGAGAGAUUGGUACUGAGACUGUCAGAAGCUUCAAAUAUAACGGCUAUGAAGCUGUACGAAAGCCAUGUGGAACAUUUGCUUUAAAGAUGUUAGGUGAGAUACGCUUCACAUCUCUCUCCAAAACGAAGCAUAAAACCAGCUAAAAACUAGUUUAUGUCUCAUUGUCUUGGUGAUGUGAAGUAAUAUCAGUCAAUGGGGAUGGCCCAUGGCUCAGUUAAUAUGAAUGAUGCUUUUUCUGCCGAAGUUGAAUGGGUUCUGAUUUCUGAUAUGGUCCGUGAACAAACAGUAAACAAAAUAUGUAGAUUUUUAGCGGAGAGGAAUAUUUCAAAAAAUAUAUGCUGGUCUCAAAGUUGGAUGGCAUAUCCGCAUAAUCGAAGUUGUAGAUUGUUAAUGUUGUGGAGCUAGUUGCUUCUACCACCAGACUUCCAUUUAUUGACGCUUUCAAAAAAAUUAUUCACUUAUGAAUAAUACAAAAUUUUAAAUUGAAAAUCAAUCUAUUGUCAGAAUGCUUCUUUCAUACCCAUCUCUUAAUUCCAGUGAAAUUCUUGAUCAAAAGCUUAGACGAACUUCCAUUGAAUCAGUGGCAUGAGAGAGUCCUCCGUCAUGCCUGCUGAACUCCAUGGUUUAUUUGCCAGUCAAGGGCAUCCAUGGCACCACCCUCUUGAUCUUUUUUUUUUUUUUUUUAAUCCUAUGUAAUAUCCUAACUCCUUAAAUAUUACCUGUAUAAUAGUUCUGUAACAAAUGCGGAGAAAUGGCAAUGGAGGACAGAGCCUUCUAGACAGCCUUAAAUGAAUGUACCGUACUGGGUCAUGGAGAACAGAGUCUUCAAGCCUUUUCUUUCCACACCUCAUAAAUGGAGGCAGUUGAGAGUUAAAAGACAACACUCCUUAUUUACUUCUUAUGAAUCUUGUUUGUGCUCAUUCACAUUCUGAUCCACACCAGCUUUUCUCUCUUUUAGUGUUCUACUUUCUUGCUUGGUUUUCCCACUGCUCCCAGGCCUCUCAUGGAUUUGCCCCUCAACCUCCUAUUCACAGCUUUUCUCAUUCUUGCUGCAGCCAUUGAUGGGGCUCAUGCAGAUGCCAUGGUCACGGGCACCGUCUUCUGCGACCAAUGCAAGGAUGGACAGAGAUCCCUCUUCGAUUAUCCCCUCUAUGGAAUAAAGGUUACCAUGGCAUGUGCCAACAGUAAUGGACAAAUCACAAUGUGGAGGGAAGAGACUACAAAUUGGUUUGGAACCUAUGCAAUGAGGUUUGAUGGUGCCCCAGAUUUGACUGGUUGUUAUGCACAAAUUUCAGGCAGUGGACAGGGGUCAACAGGUUGUAGAGCAGCUGCUGGUCCUGCCCAGUCUGUUAGACUUAUGUUCAGGAUGUUUGAUAUGGAGAUGUAUGCAGUGGAUUCCUUGCUUUCUCAGCCUGCUCAGCCCAUGUCCUUUUGCUCAAGAUCCUCUACCCCAGUUCCUACUCCAGGAACUCCAUCUAGGCCUCCAUCAUUUCAGCUUCCGCCAGUUCCACGAAUGCCACCAAUGCCUCCAUUGCCUCCAUUGCCUCCAGCACCACCAGUGCCCUUCCUGGAAGCCUCAGCCUGUUCACACGAGAUAUGGACAGCUCCAGAGUACAAAUGCUACUGGAAGGUGGUGAACCCAGAUAUGAAAGUAGCAUCUGUGUUUGGACUGCUAGCAGCACAGAAGUAUGGGACAGACAUGACCCUGCGGGAAGGCCUGCAAGGGAGAGGAGACCCUUACAGGACCCUCCUCAGAGAGGCCAUAACUUCACUGCUCAACUCCUACAAUAGUCUUCUCUUCCCAUACCAUACCCUUGGUGUCAUCCAGCAUAUGAGUUUGGCCUUGAUGGGGUCCCAACAGAAUGUCCUCCUCACAGCUCUACGCUUCAAGAGGGCAAAUUCUGGCUCCGGCAACCUCACCUGCAAGUUCACUGCCUGCAAGUGAUUCAUCCAUUGCUAGACCUAUUUCAAUCCUCUCUCUAUAUUAUAUAUAUAUAUAUAUAUAUAUAUAUGUAUGCUAUUUCCUUAUUUCUACUUCUUGGGUAUACUAGUAUUUGUAUUGAAUUGACUGACGUCUCCAUAUUAUGAUCAAUUAUUAUAGUAUUUGUAGGA